UCGGGCGGGAAGGGGGAAGCGCGGAGGCUGCCUGACUAGAAUGAGGGUAGCUCCGGCGACUGAGGCGGCGGGAGCGGGGCCGGCCAUGGCGGUGUGGACACGGGCCACUAAAGCGGGGCUGGUGGAGCUGCUCCUGAGAGAGCGCUGGGUCCGAGUGGUGGCGGAGCUGAGCGGGGAGUGUCUGAGCUUGACGGGCGACGCCGCGUCAGCCGAGUCGGAGCCCACUCUGGGGCCGGCGGCGGCCGCCUUCAACGGCCUCCUGUCGGUGAAUGGCACGGACCUGCGCCAGGCCACCCACGACCAGGCCGUGCAGGCGCUGAAGCGCGCGGGCAAGGAGGUGCUGCUCGAGGUAAAAUUCAUCCGAGAAGUAACACCAUAUAUCAAGAAGCCAUCCUUAGUAUCAGAUCUGCCAUGGGAGGGUGCAGCUCCCCAGUCACCAAGCUUUAGUGGCAGUGAGGACUCUGGUUCUCCGAAACACCAGAACAGCACCAAGGACAGGAAGGUCAUCCCUCUCAAAAUGUGCUUUGCUGCUAGAAACCUAAGCAUGCCGGAUCUGGAAAACAGAUUGAUAGAGCUACAUUCUCCUGAUAGCAGGAACACGUUGAUCCUCCGCUGCAAGGAUACAGCCACAGCACACUCCUGGUUCAUAGCUAUCCACACCAACAUAAUGGCUCUCCUCCCACAGGUGUUGGCUGAGCUUAAUGCCAUGCUUGGUGCAACCAGUACUGCAGGAGGCAGCAAGGAAGUCAAGCACAUUGCCUGGCUGGCAGAACAGGCAAAGCUAGAUGGUGGGAGACAACAAUGGAGACCUGUCCUCAUGGCUGUGACUGAGAAGGACUUGCUGCUUUAUGAUUGCAUGCCAUGGACAAGAGAUGCCUGGGCAUCUCCAUGCCAUAGCUACCCUCUUGUUGCUACAAGGUUGGUUCAUUCUGGCUCUGGAUGUCGAUCACCUUCCCUUGGAUCUGACCUUACAUUUGCCACCAGGACAGGCUCUCGGCAGGGCAUUGAGAUGCAUCUCUUCAGGGUGGAGACACAUCGGGAUCUUUCCACUUGGACCAGGAUACUGGUUCAGGGUUGCCAUGCUGCCGCUGAACUGAUCAAGGAAAUCUCUUUAGGCUGCACAUUAAAUGGCCAAGAGGUAAGAUUCACUGUCCACUAUGAAAAUGGGUUCACUAUAUCAAGGGAAAAUGGAGGCUCCAGCACCAUAUUAUACCGCUACCCAUUUGAACGGCUGAAAAUGUCUGCUGAUGAUGGCAUCAGAAAUCUCUAUUUGGAUUUUGGUGGUCCUGAGGGAGAACUGACGGUGGACCUGCACUCUUGUCCAAAGCCGAUCGUUUUUGUGUUGCACACUUUCUUGUCGGCCAAAGUCACUCGCAUGGGACUGCUUGUAUGAGCAGCAAAAAGUCAGAAAAGAACCCUGACUGUCACAAGAAGUAUUUCCACCUCAAAAAAAAAAAAAAAAAAAAAGAAAGAAAGAAAAGAAAAAAAAAAAAAGCACAAAAAGAAA